AUGUCUCCCGGUCCCGGUCCCAGCAAUGCCUCUCUCGCCGCUCUGCCCUCCUCCUUCGGCCUCGACGCCUGGUGGAAGCGCGCCGUCGUCUUCCAAGUGUGGCCCGCCAGCUUUGCCGACUCCAACGGCGACGGCAUUGGCGAUGUGCGCGGCAUCAUUGACAAGCUGGAUUACCUCAAGGAGCUGGGCGUCGAUGUGGUGUGGAGCAGUCCGCUGUAUGAAAGUCCGGAUAGGGACAUGGGAUAUGACGUGGCCGACUACAAGAAGAUUGCGCCGCGCUACGGCACGCUGCAAGACGUCGACGAGCUGAUUGCACAGCUCAAGAAGAGAGACAUGAAGUUUAUGAUGGACCUCGUCGUCAACCAUACGUCGGAUCAGCAUGCUUGGUUUCAAGAGUCGAAGGCCUCAAAGACGUCGGCAAAGCGAGAGUGGUACAUUUGGCGCAAGGGCAAGGUGUCGGAGACGGGGGAGAAGUUGCCUCCUACGUGCGGCGUUGCUGAUACUUCUCUCCUCCCCCCCCCUUCUUCCCCUCUUCAUUACGCUCCUUCCUCAUUCGCUGGCCGUUUCUCCAUCCAUCUGGGCUCGCUUCGCUCGGCCCUCCCCGCACGCAACACACACAGGCCGCACGCCAAGCAUCCCGACAUUCUGCUGCCGUGGACACAUCCGGCGCGCAACGAGCUGCGCACCUGCUUCACAUUUGAUCUCGUGAGCAGCCACGGCGUCGGGGGGGGGGGGGGCAGGGCAGAGCUGCAACGCCCCCUCCGUGAGGGGGGUUCUGACCUGCUUCUUGCCUUUGCCAGCAUGACGAGGACGGCAAUCAGCAAUGGCCUCUGUACGUCUCUUUUCUUUGGCUGGCCUGGCCCAACCCUCUGCGUGCCCACAUCUGACACGCGCGCCCCUCUCCUCUGUGCUCCCCCGCUACCCAGCGUUCCGAAGCCGAUCCACCUGCCGCACUUCAAGGGCAUUGUCAACAAGUGGCACACGUACGUGCAUCGUUCCUCUGCCUUUCUCGCAAACUACGUCGAAAACCACGACCAGCCGCGCUCCAUCUCACGCUGGGCCUCGGACGCGCCCGCGCACCGCCGCCACGCCGGCCGCAUGCUGGCGCUCUUCCAGUGCUCCCUCUCGGGCACGCUGUACUGCUAUCAGGGCCAGGAGAUUGGCAUGAAGAACAUUCCGCAGGACUGGGGAAUCGAGGAGUAUCUUGACUGCGCCACGAUCAACUUCAACAGGAUGUGCCAGGAUCUCACGGCGCAGGGCAAGACUGCGCCUGCGCGUCCCGAGGAUGUUCUUGCCUUCGCUCAGCGCAAGGCGAGAGACAACGCUCGCUGUCCAGUGCAGUGGAGCGGCGCUGCUCAAGCCGGCUUCACGAGUGGCAACAAGGCGUGGAUGCGCGUGCAAGAGGCCGACGCCGCCGCCGGCUGGAAUGCCGCGGCGCAGCUCGCGGAUCCCGGCAGCGUGCGCGCCAUGUGGAAGGCGGCCCUCGCGGCACGCAAGAAGUACAAUCUGCACCUCGCAAACUUCAACCUCCUCGUCCCCGCCGACGAGCGCGUGUUCGCCUACGUGCGCAACCCGCCGCACGGCGCCUCGGUGCUGGUGGUGAUGAACUGGAGCGCCGAGCUCGUCGAGGACGUGACGCUGGCGCCCGACGCGGCGGCGCAGGCUCAAGCCGAGGAAUCGCUCGAGUUCAAAAGCGCCGAGCCCAUUGCGUCGCUGCACGACCUCGAGAAGCGCGCGACUCUCGUGCUGGGCAGCCAUGACGAUGCACAGACGCAUGCGCGCUGGAAGGGACAGACGCUCAGCGCGCUGAGGCCUUACGAAGGACUGUGGUUCGAGCUGCAGUAA